AUGGAGGAAGCUAUACAUGAGAUUGAAAAAAAUGAUGGAUUAAGGAUGACAUGGAACGUUCUACCAAUUGUUGAUACCGAAGAACUGCGGCUUCCCAUUCCUAUAGGUGUGCUAUACUCGCCCCAUCAGCAGUGCGAGAUGUUGGAAUACGAACCUAUUUUCUGUUUAACCUGCCGAUCGAUCCUUAAUCCAUACACAACCGUGGAUUAUAAUACGAAGGAGUGGACAUGCAUCUUCUGCAACAAGAAGAACCACCUACCACCGCAUUAUCGCGAUAUUUCACCCGAGAGCCUGCCAAAUGAAAUGAUCUCGUGUACUACCGAAUAUCUGUUGACAAGAGAGAGCACCUUCCAGCCAACCUUCUUCUUUGUGGUCGAUAUGUGCACGUUUGACGAGCAGAGAUACAAUCUCUUGAUUGAUGGCAUACGGAUUACUUACAAUGGGUUGCCGGACGAGAGCACUGUAGGUUUGAUUACCUAUGGCACCAACAUUAACCUAUUUGAUUUCCAGUCGGAAAUUAAGAGGACAUUCAUCUUCUCAGGUGGAAGAAAUUACGAAAAGAAAACGUUGGAGAAAUAUUUUAAGGAUGAUAAGGCGAAUACGCAGUUCCUUUCGUUUGUUUUCACCAAGAAAACGGUGGAUGUUAACGAUUUUGUAAAGAUGAUGGAGCGCGAUCCCUUUCCUGUGCGGAGCGGAUUGAGACAGAUACGCUGCACAGGCUCGGCGCUAUCAUUUGCCGUUUCACUUUUAGAGUCUGUGGUUCAUGAUGCUGCUACCAAGAUAUUUCUGUUCACUGAGGGACCUAUCACAUUUGGGCCUGGGAUAAUGGCAUCACUUAAUCUCAAGGAAAACAUAAGAUCAGGAAAUGACAUUCUGCGUGGAAAGGCAAAAUAUGUGAGAGAAUCAAAGAGAUAUUUUGAUGGACUAGCAAAGAGGAUGGCCAAUCUGGGAAUGUCGAUUGAUAUUCUGUCGGCCACUCUCAAUGAUAUAGGAUUGUACGAAAUGCAGUCGUUGAUAGACCUCACUGGUGGUUUGGUGAUUAUGGCGCAAGAUUUUGAUCAUGAUAUUUUCACUACAUCGUGCGAGAAGAACGUUCGAUCAAAAAAUGGUGUAAUGGAAAUGGUCUUUAACGCUAAGUUUAAGAUACAGACGAAAGGACUUACGUACAAGUCUGGUAUAGGCCUUGGUUCGCCUUUAUUGAACCAGAAGAACGAACAAAUCGGGUGGAAACUAGGAUCGCUGCACAGGAAUAGCAAUGUAGGAUUUAUUUUUGACUGUAAGGCCAAUAGGCGAGAGGAUCAAGUCGGCUACAUACAGAUAAUCACACAAUACCAGCAGAGCGAUCGCAAGUUGAUCACUCGUGUGACAACGGCAGCAAGGGUUUUCGGGAAACUUCAGAAAUUUAAACAAGGGUUUGAUCAAGAGGCUGCACUAAUUUUGCAGGCUAGAAUGUUCACAUUCGGGACACAUCUUGAAGAGGACCUGGAUCUGGUACGCCGUAUAGACCGAUCACUGAUCCAUUUCGUAAAAAAAUUUGGAGAAAGCAACAAUCACUUGAAGUUGAGCUCAUCAAUGACGUUGUAUCCUAACUUCAUUUAUUUUUUGCGAAGAAGUCUUCUGGUGCAAACGGAAACGAAUUCACCAGAUGAGACUUCUUAUUACCGCAACAUCGUCACGAGAGAGCCGGUAACGAAUGCUAUGACAAUGAUUUAUCCCACACUGACAGCAUUUAGUUACCAGGAUGAGACGAAGCCUGUUCCGAUGGACGCAAAGUCUCUACAGCCGGAUAUUAUACUUCUUUUAGACACGUUUCAUAACGUGCUGAUAUGGAAAGGUGAGCAUAUAAACCAAUGGAUACAGGAAGGAUACCAUGAAAAAGAAGAAUAUAAAUUUUUAAAGGACUGCAUCGAUGAGGCUGAGAAGCGAGCGAAAAAGUUGGUGGAGGAGAGGUUACCGACUCCGCAGUUUACGUCCACCGAAAGGUAUGGAUCACAGGAAAGAAUUUUACUAGCCAAGGUUAAUCCAUCCAUCAAGGGACAGGUUGUUGUAACAGAUGAUAUUGACUAUGCGGCCUUUUACGACUUUUUAUGUAAAAUCGUCAAAAAUAAUUAAAGACGU